AUGCCGAACAGCAGGGAGAGGCAGGAGCGAUACCAGAGACUCCAGCAGCGUCGAAACAUCCAGAUGAGCAGCCAGCCGACAUCCUGUGAAGUCUCCCCAACACCACGCCGCAUACCAGGUGGUUCUAACUCGGUCGUACGCGAGGCUGUCCAGAUGAUGGUCACAGAAGUAACCAUGUUUGACCAAAUCAUGGAGAAGAUCAACUCUCUAGUCGCAGAAGUACGGGAGUACAAGGAGCAGAAUGAUGCCCGACUACAGCGCCAUGAAGAGGCCCUUGAACAUCGCAUGCAGGAAGGCACUCUAGAUCAAGAACAGCCAGCUGACAGUAACCUCCAUCAGCCACAGGAGAGAGAACUAGACCAGGAGGAUCCAAUUCGGCAACUCCGUCGCCAGCUGGAGGAACGGACCAGGGAGCUGGAGGAGACCCGCCUUCAACUACUGCGGAUGAACGUGCCUGUGGUACAUACCCGAGAACAGGAAAUUCAGGAGCUCCGCCGCCAGCUAGAGGAUCGGAACAGGGAGCUGACUGAGGCCCGCCAACGACUACAGGGAUCAGGUGUUGCACCUACACCCAUGGAAUGUGCCCAAGAUCAAGAGAUUCAAGAGCUUCGUCGUCAACUUCAGCAGCGGGACCAGGAGCUAGCAGAGGUCCGCCGUCUCGCCCCCUCAGUACAACAUACCAUGACUAAGUGUCAAGACCACCAUCAGCAGCCUCCUGUCAUUAAUGGAAGCCGCUCUCCUCCUCAGCCUCUUCCUCGGAGCCGCCCCCACAUUCCAAUACCAGAGCAGCAGCUGUAUCUUGAACGUCGACACACGUAUGACCCACACACAUCCCUGCCACAGCAGUUCCAGCCUAGGUCUUCGCCCCAGCGUCCCCAGUCAGCACAUCCUUCGUCUUAG